UGCCGCCGUCGCCCGCGUCUUAGCGACCGAACCCCCAAGAAAAUAAAGAGGAGAAAGGGAUGUUAGGAGACUUUCCAGGCUCCUACAUCAGGUAGUCGCUGGAGAAUCAUGGCGCGCUUUGGCACGGGUGCAGCACCCGCCUAUCUGCUUCUCCUCCUCGCUUUUUUGCCCAGCCGAGAAAGUCAGCCGGGGUUCCGACUGGGAGAACGUGACCCAGAUGCUUAUGCUUCAGCAGAUUCAAAAAAUAAUCUUAAAGAAAUUAUUAAAUUCCUUGAUCAACAAAUCCAAGUUCUGCACCAAAGGAAUUUGAUGCAUGAACAUGAAAUCACAGAAAAACAAAGCAAAACAUUCACUGAAAACAUGAAUUUGGUAAAAGGAUCCUCUGUAAAAGAGAAGGCAAGUCCUAGUAGCCUAACAGCAAAAGAAAGACUGUUCCCCAAUAGCAAUUCAGUGCUGAUGGGUAACAAGGUUUACAAGAUUUCCCCAAAUAUUCUUAUGGAUACACCAGUGAGACAUAAUAAAGUGAAGGGUGGAGGAUCUGAAGAGAAUGGCAAAGAAGGGGCUUUGCUUCCUGACUUGAAACAGGACAAAACUGCUGGUAAUAAUGGUGGCAGAUCAUUAAGAACAACUAACAUUACUGUAAGAUUUCAUUCUCCCGACAAUUCAAGUGAAACUCAGAUUGACAUUUACAAUUUAAAAGAUUCAAGAGAGGUCCCUGAAGUUCAUAUUGUAGCCAACAACAUUAUUAACCAAGGCCUUAAAAUGGAUUCAGUAACAUUAAAAGACAAUGGUAUGCAAGUGAUAGUAAAUAGUUCAGUGGAUAAGAAAAUGAAGCAUAUUAAAGGGAGAAGAAAAACUCCAAUAAAACUUGAUGGUGGAAUUACAGGAGAGAGCACACCCAAGAGCAGUAAGACAAAUCAUCCUGCAACAGAUGUCCCUGAACUUUUUACUUAUCAGAUGUUGGUAUUAAAUCAAAUUCUACAAUCACUGAGGGCUCAAAGUGCACACACAGACAAUUCACAAAGCACAAUCAAUGAACAGACAAAAAUCUCUGUAAAAGAACUGGAAAACAUAUUAAAUGAGCAGAACAAAGAGACUGACCAGGAGCCUUUGUUAUCUAGUGACAAAAUGCAAUCAUCAGUAAUGAAAAAUAUUCUUCAGGAAUUAAAGAAAUAUACAGUUCAGAAUACUCCGCCAGCUGUUGAAAGCAAGACACAGAUGCUUAUGGAACAGUCAAAAGAAUCUCAAGGUCCAGAGAGACAAUCGAGUGAUAAGGAAAAGGCACUGAUGGAAUCUUCCUCAGAAGAAGGUCUUAUUCUACCUGCUUCCAGUGAAACAUCAUUGAUUUUCUCGCUUAAAUCAACUCUUCCUCAAAGUAUAAGAACUGAAGUGACAAAUGAAGAUGUGAAUGAUGCCAGAAGAUUUGAAUUUUUUGAGAAGUAUGAAGGUAUUCAGGAUAAAAAAAGAGCAAAGGCUGCAGAUCUUAAACAACUACUAAAGCACAUCAUUGUUGCCUGUGUAGCUGUUUCUGGCUUGAUCUUAGCAGUGAUAGUCCUUGUGCACAUAUACAAUUCAUUGUUUGUGAAGAAGCAGAAGCCAAUUAUAGCAAAUGCUAACACUGACAAGAAGGAAGAAUCUGACAAGGAGAAAGAAUUUGUCAAAAAUAAGGAAUCAGACAAACAUGAAGAAUCAGAAAAAAUUGAGGAAUCAGAAACAAACAAUAUGAUACCACUGGAGCCAAAAACAUCAGCCUACAACACUAUUGACAUAGAAAAUCACAAUAACAAUAAUUGCUCACCACCAGGAAUUUUUCUUUCAACAGAUGGUGAAGAUGUUACAAAGCCUUUAGAGAUUCAGCCUGUUUCUUCCCCUAGCUGCCCAGAAAAACCAACAGAAUUAAUGCCCUAUGUUGAAUCAUUAGAGGAAUCACCUAAUUAUAGUACACACAAGAAUUUCAAACUACAAUCUAAACCUUUCAAAUUGAAUAGAACUUCCUAUAAUAGUCUAGAACAAUAUAAUACACCCAGGAAUCAGGAUUAUGAAACAUAUCAAGAGAAAGAUAGUACUCCUCACAGAAAAAAAACAGACCAUUAUUUAUCCUCCAGGAGUCGUCCAAAAUCCACACAACCCAAAAGAGCACACACUGCUCUGUUAUCUAAACAUCAGUAUUACAACAGUUUAAAUUGGGUUCAUGAUCCUUCAUCAGAUAAUUUCAUUGCUCCAAAUAUAAACAAAAACUUUAAUGAAUCAAAAAUGUCCCAGUUUGAUGGCACAGAGUAUACGUGUUUUCAGCAUCAGAAAUACGGUUCUGGUACAGAUUCAUACUCUGACUAGAAAAGCAAGUGAAUAGUAAAGAGUUAUUUAUUCUAUGUAACCAAUGCCCAGAAGCAUUUAGUCCAAAUGUUUUUACCAAGAGUAAUCAUGAUGAAACCCUAUAGUAUGCCGGUCAAUCAUACUGCAAUCAUGCUUAGGAAUAAUAAAAGUAGUUUUAUACUUUCGAGUUGUAGGAGUUGCUAAUCUAGCUUCUUGGAUUUGCCCAAUUAAAGCACAAGUUAAUUUAAUUAUAAUAUUUGCUCACAUUCUUUAUCUGGCACUUUUCAAAUUAGGAAAGUGGGCCUAACUAAUGUAACGCACUCUGCAAUGACAAAUAACUUUUUGUGACAUGUAAGCAAAGCAAAACUGCACACAUAUUGAACAUUUUGGAUAAAUUGAAACACUGUUGAAACAAAAGAUGGAUAUUGAUACAUCUGAUACAUGUGAGGUGAAAAAGAAUUGGAAAUAUAGGGAAGAAUACAGAGAUUUGGGGAGGGGUUGCUUUUUUCUAUUUAAAAAUUCCUACUAUAAAUAAAACAAAUUCAGAAAAAAAUACUUUUUUUCAGAGAAUCAAAAAUAAUGACAAGAUACCCUUGGCUCUGUAGCCUAUGAUACUGAAAUUUAGCUCAUCUAGGAAAUCCAUACAGAGGCCUCAAUAUGAACUCAGUUUAGAGUCAGGCAUUCCCAUUUUUGAGACAUAUUAUGUAUUCUGAAAAGCUAUCAGACAAAGUAAAGAAAAGAAAGGCCUAUACAUUCAAAACUAAUUUUAUUAUAUAAUUGUUUUUUUUAAGAACAGGCACUUUUCCAGUUAGAAGAAACAGAUAAAGUGUUUGAAAGAUAAUUGUGUUUAUUUUCUAAGAUUUUAUCUGUGAAUAUAACAAAUGGAUAAUUGAAUGACUUGAUAUAUAGUGGCUUCUUUACAAAAGUGUUUCCCUGUAAUAUUUGGACAGCAAUAUAUAAAUAUUUACAAUGAAAAAAUAGGCAAGGAAAGAGAAAUAAGUAGUCUUCAAUAUCCAAAUUAAUUUUGCAUACAUCCGAUUUGAACACAAAAUACUUCAUUCACAUCUAUUUCAUAUUUACAAUUUUAAUCACUUGAGAGCACUGAAUUCUUUAUUUUAGGAUAUUUGUGCAUGUUAUGUUUCUAAUAUGUUUCUGUAUAAGCAGUUAAAAAUUUUCUGGAAAAAUAAAUCAUUGCUUUGAAAAUGCUGAAAA